AUGAAACUGUACAUCAUCUUCCUCCUGGCAGUGGUGAACAGAGGGACCUCUAACAAUCAACCUGCAGAGGGGAUGUCCUGUGAAAUGGCAAACUCACAGGCAUCUUGCCACAACAAAAACCUCCACCAAAUCCCUCGUGAGCUCCAUCCAAAUGUAAACAAAAUAGAUCUGUCUGGAAACCUGAUUCAAAGCAUCCCAGAGAUGCCAUUAUCAUCUUACACCUCCCUCCUGUGCCUGGAUUUAAGCUCUAACCAGAUCAGCUUCAUCACGCCCGGGGUCUUUGCACACAUGACAAGUUUGCUGGAAAUUAACUUAGCCAACAAUCACUUAUAUGAGCUUGCUCACAAUGGGACAGAGGGGAUUGGACUUUUACCCAAGGUGGAAGUACUGGACUUGUCCCACAACAGUCUGUACAAUGGGAUGGCUGAGUAUUUCAUCAAACAAGCUCCAGCACUGCGCUACCUUUCCUUGGCGGACAACAGCAUCAUAAUGAUAUCACACAAGAUGUUUCAGGGAUCUCCCAGUCUUGUGGAGAUAGAUCUUCAGAGCAAUAUCAUCAUGGAAAUAGAAGAAGGUGCUUUUGAGCCCUUAAUGAACCUUUCCAAACUUAAUCUCUCCAUGAAUUCAAUUACUUGCAUAUCUAAUUUCAACCUCAGGCAUCUGGAGAUACUUGACCUUAGCAGGAAUAGCAUUGAGACCUUCCACACCACGAUGUCAGAUGAUGAAUAUAGCUUAAGAUGCUUGGAUCUGAGUGAAAACAAACUGCUUCACUUCCCAGCCUUCCCCCAGGUAAAUAAACUGGUAACUCUGAAUUUAUCAAAGAAUUUAAUCCAGCUCACUUCUGAAUCCUCUUACAAUAAAAUGGACUACAUGGAAAACGAAUGGCUGGAUGCUUCUUUUCUUAUUCUUGAUCAGAAGCAAAGCAGAAAUAAAAGUUCUCUUUAUUUGUCCCAGCUUAUGUAUUUAGACUUAAGUUAUAACGAAAUCAAAUCCAUUCCAGAUGAUUUCUUUGAAUCAAUGUUGUCCCUUCACACCCUUAACCUCAGUAAAAACUGUCUUCAGGCAUUUGCAGUGACUUAUGACAGCGUAUUGGUCUCCCUCACUGUCCUUGACUUGAGCUACAAUGCCUUGCAGAGCCUUCUCCUAGAUGCUGGCACGUUGUCAAACUUGAAGGAGCUCUAUGUUCAAAACAACCACCUUCAGACCUUGCAAUUUGACAUCUUCUCAAGCCUUCCUAGCCUCAGACUGCUUGAUCUACAGAGCAAUAACAUCAGCCUUUGCAGCAUGUACUCAGGAUUAGCUAAGCAAAGACUUGCUGGAGAGGAAAGUGGUUGUGUGUCAUUUGUUGAUUCUUCCACUCUUCAGUGCUUGUACCUGGCUGACAACAUGUUGAACACCCUCCCAGCCUACACUUUCUACAAGACCUCUUUGAUUGUCUUGGAUCUCUCCAUGAACCCUGGCCUGAAAAUAGAAGUCAAAGCAUUAUCAGGACUGGAAAAGUCUUUGGAAUAUUUGUAUUUACAUGGCAACAGCCUGCUAGAUUUAAACAUUGACUUGCCUUGUUUUAGUCACCUUAAACAUCUAAACCUCUCUGAAAAUCAACUGAACUGGUUGCCCAAGUGGGGUAGUGACUCUCCACUGGAAGUCCUGGACCUACGGAACAAUAGGUUUAGCACAUUACAGGACAGCAACAUUUUAGCAUUAGAAAAUUCUCUUAAGGACUUGUAUCUCACUGGGAACCCACUCGACUGCUGUGGAAACCUCUGGCUCUCAUCCAUGAUCCAGAACACAAACAUCCAGAUCCCCAACGUGGAGCACUUAACGUGCCAGUACGCUCAGAACUUUGGGUACCAGGAAGAAAUGCACAUUGAGAACGUUAGACCAGAAGACUGUGAAAAAGAGGACCUGAAGAAAAUCAACUUCCUGAUUAUAUUAACUUUUGUCUUGGUUUUAUCUGUCGUCAUCAUUGGCGUGGGGUCGUUCUUCUGCUUCCGCAGGCAGAACUUCAGCCACCAGUUUAAAGCAUAG